AUGGCAGCUCUGGAUGUCAGUUCAAAGAAACCAACUGAAACAGGUGAUGCUGCAACGGGAGUCUUCUCUCAACAGCAGCCACUGGAUCUCAACUUGGCUACUGGCGAAGAAGUCUCUUUCAGUCUCAACGGCUCAGGUGUUGUCCAUCUGACUGGAUAUUUAAUCGGUGAUGAUGAUGAUGAACCAAGUAUGGAAUUCUCAGACGAUGAAGAGCCACCCUCACUCAUCGAUUCCUCUGGAAAUAACCAGAAGAUGAAACUUCUGGAUGGGAUAGAUUCUGAUGAUGAUGAUGACGAUGAAGAUGAUGAAGAUUACAGUGAAGAAGAAGAAGGGUUUUCUGACGAGGAUGAUUUUGAUAAAGAAUUCUUUGAUGAGGAGGAGGACAGUGAUGAAGAUUUAGAUGAAGAAGACAGUGAUGAAGAAGAGGAAUCCCCUAAAUAG